AUGUAUUCUAAGAGAUUUUCUAAGAACACGUAUUAUUUACCAUACAAAUCCAAAUGCUUAAGUAACGUAAAUGGGAGUUUAUUAAAAGAACCAUAUAAUUUACAUUACUUUUUAUUAGGUACUAAUAACCCUAGUUGUGAAAAUGAAAUACAUUUAAUUGAAUACAAUGAUCAGUUUUUAUCUGUCAGAAAUAUUGAAACAUAUCACUAUGAGGGAGAAUCAGAACAUUUGAUAUGUUUAGAUAUGUAUGAGAAUGAAGACCAGAAAAAAAAAAUAAUUCUUUGUACGGCAGGAUAUGAAAAAUGUAAUGAACAAAAGAUGAUUAAUAAUGAUAUGAAUUAUAAUGAAUGUAAUGAAUAUGAUUACAGGAAUGAUGUGUGUUCGUUGUGGAUGGGGGACAUAGAUAAUUUAGAUGAUAAUAAUAAUGAUGAUAAUAAUAAUAAUAAUAAUGAUGAUAAUAAUAAUAAUAAUUAUGAUGAUACUAAUAAUAAUAAUGAUAAUGAUAAUAAUAAUAAUAAUAAUGAUAAUAAUAAUAAUAAUAAUAAUCAUAAUCAUAAUAAUCAUAAUAAUCAUAAUAAUCAUAAUAAUAAUAUCGAUAAACAGACUAAUUAUAAGAACCAAAAAAAUCAUUCAAAAAAAAAAAAAAAAAAAUUAACAAAAGUAUUGGAACUGAAUAAAGGUAAUAAUGAAAAUUUUAAAUACAUUAAAAAAACAGUUGUAAAUGAUUUUAACAAGGAAUACAACAAAAUAUGUAUUAUAGAUAAAAAUAGUUAUAGUAUAUUUAAUAGGACUAAAAAUGAUGUAAAUUUCAUGGUUUCAAAAAAUGUUAAUUAUGAAUUAGUAGAUGGAAUAUUUGAUCCACACCAUGAAAAUAUUUUAACGGUCAUGAGUAAUAUAAAAAUAUAUGGAUAUGAUAUAAGAAGCAACAUGAAUAUUUUUUCAACUUAUACUAAUCAUAAAGCAGAUUUAUCAUCAAUUGAUUUUAAUUCAAAUAUACCUAAUGUACUUUUAACAUCAUCUAAUGAUGGAUAUAUAAAAUUAUGGGAUUUAAGAUUUUUAAAAGAUUCUUUUUUUACAACUAAUAUACAUUCUCAUUGGAUUACUUCUAUACAUUUUAAUCAUUUUCAUGAUGAAUUAUUAUUAUCAACAAGUACUGAUCAUUUGCUGAAAUUACAUAAAAUAUCUUUCCCAACUUCUAAUUUUCAAAAUGACAAUGUUAAUUAUGAAUUAGUAAAAACAUAUACUGAUCAUGAAGAUUCAGUAUAUAAAGGAUGUUGGAGCAAAACGGAUGCUUGGGUUUUUUCGUCUCUAUCAUAUGAUGGAAAAUGUGUUGUACACGGCGUGCCAACUGAUCAAAAAUAUAAAAUACUCUUAUAA